AUGAUGGAUUACGACUGCGUGGUUUUGGAUAUUGAAGGCACAACGACCUCAAUCGCAUUUGUGCACGAUAUACUCUUCCCAUACGUUUUGAGAGUGUUGGAUGACUUCUUAAAACAAAAUUGGAGUGAACCUGAAUUGCAACUUCUAGUCGACGCUCUGCGCAAACAGGCUGAAGAGGAUGUUGGACAACAUGUCAAGGAAGCAAACCGCAUCCCUUCCAAUUCAAGUGCUCACGAGAUUCAGGAUGCUGUCGCUGCUUCUGUUAGGUGGCAGAUGAAACAAGAUCGAAAGGCAGGGCCUUUGAAGGCUUUUCAGGGGUUCGUAUGGCGAUAUGGGUAUGCUCAAGGAGAGCUCAAGGGACAUGUAUACUCAGAUGUCGUCCCAGCACUCGAAAGAUGGAAGAAGGCCGGAAAAGACAUUUAUAUUUAUUCGUCUGGCUCUAUCGAAGCUCAAAAACUGAUUUUUGGAUUUUCUGAUGCUGGGAAUUUGCUACUUUAUUUCAAAGGCCACUUUGACACUGGCAUCGGGAUGAAGAUUGAGACAUCUUCCUAUACCAAGAUUGCAAAGAAAAUACACCACUCACCCUCCCGAAUCCUGUUUGUAUCUGAUAACGUUAAUGAGAUACGAGCUGCUGUUGGUGGUGGAUUGCAGGUUGCUAUAACGGAUCGGCCUGGGAAUGCACCGAUAGAUUCGAAGCGUGAUGCUGCUGGACAAGUCACGUGUCUCGUGGCUGGUCAGAGUGUGCAUGUUGUGAAGUCGUUUGACGAGUUGUUUUCGAAUUCGAAGCUUUGA